AAUUAUAAAGGGUAUGAAAAUUCAAUUGAUCAAUAAACAAAUAUCAUGGUUAAAUAGUAAUGGUUUAAAUAAUAUUAGGGUAAUAGUAAUAUUUGCAACAAUGAAAAAUCAACAUCAACAGGGUGAUAACUCUAUACAAUGUCAACAUACAGGUACAAUAUCAUCGAUAAAAUAUAAAACAGGAGAUUUUUAUUUUUAUCCAAGCACCAAGUAUCAAAAUACAAUUGUUUUUCCAAUACCAGACAAUAUUCUACCAACCAUCAUAUUACCAAAUAUUUCAAAUCUUUACUCUUUAAAAAUAACAUUAAGAAAGCAACCAUUUUCAAAAGAAAUACCAUUAAUAUUAACUAAAAAUUAA